AUGUCUUGCUGCGGUGGUGCGGACAUCAACAAUGAGAGUGCUGCAGCAACAAGCAGUGCAAGCAGCAAAUAUGGAGAGCCCAAACAGUUCGACCCAGACUUCCACGGCGUGCAUAAAAGCAGGUCUUGCACCGAUGUGAUCUGUUGCAUCAUUUUUGUUGUAUUCCUGCUGGGCAUGAUUGUCUGCUCUAUCUUCGGUUAUGCCAGAGGAAACCCGGUCAAGCUGGUGUACCCAACAGACAGUUUUGGGAAUCUUUGUGGACAGGGACAGUUCACCGACAAGAAAUUCUUGUUCUUCUUUGAUAUCCUGAAAUGUGCACAGACGGGGGCGGCGGUGAUCUCCCUUGGUUGUCCAACCCCACAGGUCUGUGUCCACUCAUGUCCGACUGACUACUGGUCAUUCGUUCAAACGGAAGUUAUGGAAAAUGCAGCCAGAGCCCAGCUAACAGCAGAGAGGGACAAGAUGAUCUGCAAGUACAACGUGGACCCUCAGUCCGCAUCGAAAUCAGUCUACCAGUAUGUGAAAGACGAAGACUGUGCCGCCUACUAUGUGAAAAGCACUCCAGUUGUCAACCGCUGUAUCCCCUCCAUAUUUCUGGACAUCACCAGCUGGUCAGCCAAUAUUGUUUACGAGUACAAGGGGAGUAACUACACAGUGACUGACGCACGAUCCCGGCGUUUUCUGGCGUUGUUUUACGAUGUCAAAGAAUUUGUGGAACUCGUGUACAAGGACAUCUUGAACGUCUGGUGGUUGAUUCUUGUAGGUACUGUUGUUGCAGCAGGGCUGUGUAUGCUCUGGUUAGUGCUGCUGAGGUGGGUUGCAGGGCCCGUGGUAUGGUUGACGAUUGCCCUCGUUUUUGGACUUCUCAUUUUUGGCAGUUACUAUAGUUACAGCGAGUACUACAAAUUGAAAAAGAUGAAUGCGACUUCAGAAUUCGGACUGUCUCCGGCCUUUGCCAUGAACUUCCGCUACUACUUGUCUCUCAAGAAGACAUGGCUGGCGUUUGGCUGCCUGACUGCAACGAUCAUUGCCAUCCUUCUUCUGCUGUUCUUGUUUCUGGUCAAGAGAAUUUGUAUUGCUAUAGAAUUGAUCAAGGAAGCCAGCAGAUACAUUAUUCCGAUGCAAAUUUUCAUGUUGUUUAUGCUGUUGUGGGUGCUCAACUUCAUCGUCGCCUUGGGUCAGACGACAUUGGCUGGUGCCUUCUCCUCCUACUACUGGGCUUGGGAGAAACCCAAGGACAUCCCACUGUUUCCCGUGUUGGCCUCGCUUCAUCGAGCUCUCAGAUAUCACCUGGGGUCGCUGGCUUUCGGUUCUUUGAUCAUCGCAGUUGUCCAGCUUGUUCGUGUUGUCCUGGAGUACUUGGAGUACAAACUCAAGGAUGCAGAAAACAAGGUGGCCAAGUUCUUAAUUAGAUGUCUCAAGUGUUGUUUCUGGUGUCUGGAGAAAUUUCUCAAAUUUCUCAACAAAAACGCUUAUAUCAUGAUUGCUAUUCAUGGCCGAAAUUUCUGUCUCUCGGCAAAGGACGCCUUUAUGCUUAUCAUGAGAAACAUUGUGAGGGUCACUGUGCUGGACAAGCUGACCGACUUUCUGCUGUUUCUGAGCAAGGCCUUGGUGACUGGAGCUGUGUUCACGCUGGCCUUCCUGUGGUUCAAAGGCAGCAUUACCUACUUUGAUGGCUACAUUAAACGACCUGAGUUGAACUACUACCUCACACCAGUCAUUGUAAUGGAGGACCUGGAAAUGAAUGACGGGUCGGCGGAGAGACCGUACUACAUGAGCAAAGGUCUCAUGAAAGUUCUGGGAAAGAAAAACGUUCACAUGCGAGAUCCAGAACAACACUCCAGCCGGGAAAUGACCUCAAAGGUCUCGCCGGAAGAGACCUCAGGUCGACCACUUCCAGUGCCAAAUGUUUUGAAACUUCGCAACGAAGAGUCCAUGAAAACUGUGAUGUAG